AUGCCUCCAAGAAAAGCAUUCAGAGGUCGACUACGAAGGAAUGUUGAGGAACUGGAGGUUCCAAAUGCACCAGAGGUGCAACCCCAAAGAGAGGUUACCAAUGUUGAAUUCUGGGAAGCUAUCCGGAUGUUAAGUCAGGUUAUGACCUACCACGUUGUGCAAAAGAGAGCAUCUCAACAAGAAGAAGUUGAUACCUCGAGAGUUCGUGAGUUUCUGAGAGUUAACCCUCCUAGUAUCACUAGAUCAAGCCCUACUGAGGAUCCGGAGAACUUUGUGGAGGAGUUAAAGAAGGUGUUUGAGGUAAUGCAUAUGGUAGAUGUUGAGAGGGUUGAAUUGGCUGCAUAUCAACUAAUGGGUGUGGCUAGAACCUGGUUUGAUCAAUGCAAGGAUGUUGAAGAAGAGAAAGUUAAGAAUAGAGAAGAGUACCGAAAAAAGAAGGUCAAGACUGGAAACGAGUUUGCCCAACAGAAAGGUGGUUCAAGCCGACCACAAUUCCAUAAACCAAAGGGGAAUGCACCAUCAUCUCCUAGUGCACCUACAUCCAGAAACCAAAGAAUCACUGGUCCAUCUGUUGUGAAGGCUUCACGGUUUUUUUCAAGUGUGGUCAAGAGGGGUGCACCUAUGGGAGAUACUUCUAGUACAUGCGGAGGAACAAACCGCUUGUAUGCUCUUAAUAAUCUCCACGAACAAGAGAAUUCAGCAGAUGUUGUGACUGGUGUGAUUCGAGUCUUUGACUUUACUGCUUAUGAAUUACUAGACCCAGGAGCUAGUUUAUCUUUUGUAACUGCUUAUGUUGCUAUGAACUUUGAGAUUUCUCUUUAG